UCCCACCUGCGGGUGAGCGGGGACCGCAGCGACGGGGCGGGGGCCGAGUUCGCAGCACGAGUUCCGGGUUCCUUCUCCGGCAGAAAGCUGUUCGCACGGCGGGAACCAUGUCGCUUCUGCUGGACCACCGAUUCCAAGAGCUGCCCCCCGACAAGGCGAUAGACACCAAGUUGUUCCUGGAGACGGUCUCGCAUAUUCCGACGUUUUUCGAUUGCUUGGGAUCAAACGUAUUUUCAGUCAUUAAAUCGGACGUGAAUGGCAAUAUACAGAAAAUUCGUGGGGUGUAUCUGAAGGAUCCUGCAAAGUACGUCACCCUGCAGGACAUUGUGGAGGCAGAGCGAGAAGCCCAUCCGGCAGAAUGGCCCAAAGUCGGAGCAACCUUAGCUCUGAUGUGGCUCAAAAGGGGUCUCCGUUUCAUACAGAUCCUGCUGCAGAGUUUGGCAGAUGGAGAGAGGGACGAGAACAACCCCAACCAUAUUCGGGUGAAUGUCACCAAAGCAUAUGAACAGGCACUGAAGCAAUACCAUGGCUGGGUGGUUCAAAAGAUUUUUAAUGUAGCUUUACAUGCAGCUCCUUACAAAUCGAACUUCCUCAAAGCUCUGUCGAAAGGAGAGGAAGUAAAAGAGGAGGACUGCAUGGCAAAUGUGCGACAGUUCCUUGGUAAUUACACGGCCACUGUGGACGCCAUCUACGACAUGUACACGCAUCUGAACGCCGAGCUGGACUACACCGUUUGACACACGGUAAACCUCUCAGGUGUUUAAUACGAUGGGUUUUUUUUUUCUUCUCAUUGACGUGAUAUUUAUUUGAUUUUAUCUUACUAAAUAUACUAAAAGUACAUUUGGCUUUCAGGCCUUAAAAUCAAACAUUUUAGGUGAUUAUGUUUUGUGAUCUAAUAUAUAGUGCAAAACGAUUUUGUGUAUCUUGUGGAUUGGGGCUUCAUUUAUGACAUUAGCAGGUGUCUUUUCACCUCUCCCAUCAAGUGAAGAAAACACAACUGUGAACAUUGUUAUCACAAGAAACUAUUUCUGUUCUCGUUGUGACGUUGUCUGGCUCCUGAGCCCUGGAGUUUCCUCCACUGUUAACCCUGAAUCAAAAACAAUUAAGAGUACAUAUUUCCAUUGUGCAUUAAUCCACGUGUGCCUUGUUUUAACUGUACAAAAAAACCCAAUGUUUUCAAUAAAUAUCUUUGAUUAUAUUUUCCCAAUAAAGUAAAAGCGAGCAGAGCCCGUUUGUCCUCAGGCCGUG